AUGGGUCCCCGUUGUGUCCCCGGAAACAAGGUGAUUUCCCACCUGCUGCUGACAGAACCCGCCCCCCUGUCCGCCACUCAGGACGAGUCGACCAAUGAGAGCAGCCUGAGCACCGUGCUGACCCUCUGUGACCUCCUGAACCGCCAGCUGCUGCUCCUGAUUGGCUGGGCCAAACAGAUCCCAGGUUUCGCCGCGCUCUCAUUGGUCGACCAGAUGCUGCUGCUGCAGAGCGGUUGGAUGGAGGCGCUGCUUGUGGGCGUGGCCUGGCGGUCGCAGGGGGAGGAGCUUGUGUUCGCCGAGAACCUGCGAUUGGACGAGGCUCAGUGUCGAGCCGCGGGAUUGGCCGAUCUCUACGAGGCGCUGCGACACUUGAGCGCCAAAUAUCAGGCGAUGAAUAUGAGCCCUGAGGAGGCGGUGAUGCUGAAGGCCAUGGCCCUCGCUAACACUGGGUCAGGGGCACCGGGGGAGGGAUGGCACGGAUCACACCAGAAAGACUGA